AUGGACAGCGGGAGGAGGCUGCGUCCGCCGCACGCCCACCCACUGAAGUGCCCAAGGUGCGAGUCCACACACACCAAGUUCUGCUACUACAACAACUACAGUCUCUCUCAGCCUCGCUACUUCUGCAAGACCUGUCGCCGUUACUGGACCAAAGGCGGCACCCUCCGUAACAUCCCCGUCGGCGGCGGCUGCCGGAAAAACAAGAAACCCUCCGCCGGAAAAAAACCCUCAUCAAGCACCGGUACCGCCACCACAGCCGCCGCUGUGGCCGCAACCGAGCUCAUGGCUCCGCAUUCUCAGCUGAAUUACGAAAAUGCCCCAUUCGGCUUCCCCCAUUUCGGAGGGACGAUGGGUUCUUAUGGUCAAGAGCACACCGGAGGUUUCUUAGAGAGCAAGUAUGGAGGGCUGCUUCAGCAGACACCUAGACCCAUUGAUUUCUUGGACGGAAAGUUUGAUCUCAUGGGGAUGAACAGUGAUCUCCCCAUGGUUGAACCGGGGAGUAUAAGCCUUACUCAUGGGUUAGGGAUAAACCACGGUGAGCUUCACGGUUUUCAUGGCGGCGGUGCAGGGAUCAUGGACAUCACAACAUGCCAGAGACUGAUGAUGACCGCUUAUGAACAUCACCACCAUCAUAAUGGGAAUGAUCAGGAUCAAAAUUUAACAGCAAUGGAUGUGAAGCCGAAUCCUGAGCUGUCAUCCCUUGAUUGGCAACAGGGUCAAGUCUGUCCCGACACCGGGAAAGACACUGCUUCAUAUGGAGGUUACAUGAAAGGUCUUGGACCAUCAUGGAGCGGCUUGAUGAUCAACGGCUAUGGACCGCCGACGAAGAAGACAAACUCCUUGGUUUGAGAGUGUCGAUGUAAUGAACUCUCAGUAUAGGGUAAUGCAGGGUUUUGUCUGAUUAUCGGCUCGCUAAUUAUGAGAGUAAUUAAUCUUGAUUAGCUAAAUGUUGGGAGAUGUAUCUGGUUUUUGUAUGUUGCUGUUUCAUCUGGCCGAGGUUUCUGCUCCUUGAUGCAGUUGUCUGUUCUGUACCAUGUUUUAUGCCAAUCCUAAGUUUUUUUUUUGGAGCUCA